CAGGACCACCAACAGGGAAGAACAUGAGCCAGCCAAACAAAAGCAAGAACUGCUCCUUGCAUGAAGUGGAUGAGCUGAUGAGAACCGUGCAGCUGGCGGUGCACAUCCCCACCUUCCUCCUGGGUCUACUUCUCAAUGUGCUGGCCAUCCAACGCUUCCGCACCUUCCUGAAGAAGAGGUGGCCGGAGUAUGCUGCCACCUCCAUCUACAUGAUCAACUUGGCGGUCUUUGACCUCCUGCUGGUGCUCUCGCUCCCAUUCAAGGUUGCCCUGGGCCAUGUGAAGGUUCCCUUACAAUCUCUCUGUACGUUUGUGGAGUGCCUCUACUUUAUCAGCAUGUAUGGCAGUGUCUUCACGAUCUGCUUCAUCAGCCUGGACAGAUUCUUGGCCAUCCGGUACCCGAUCCUGGUCAGCCACUGCCGGUCCCCUAGGAAGAUUUUUGGGAUCUGCUUCACCAUCUGGGUCCUGGUGUGGGUUGGGAGUAUCCCCAUCUACAACUUCCAUGGGAAAGUGGAAAAAGGGUAUACAUGCUUCCACAAUAUGUCUGAUGACACCUGGAGUGCCAAGGUCUUCUUCCCUCUCGAGGUGUUUGGCUUCCUUCUUCCCAUGGGCAUCAUGGGUUUCUGCUCCUUCAGGAGCAUUCACAUUCUGGUUGGCCGCCUGGACCACAGCCAAGAUUGGGGCCAGCAGAGGGCCUGCAUCUGGACUAUUGCAUCCAGUCUGGCUGUCUUUGUGGUCUCCUUUCUUCCGAUCCACCUCGGUUUCUUCUUGCAGUUCCUGGUGAGGAAUGGCUUUAUUGUGGAGUGCAGAGCUAAAUGGAACAUCAGCUUGUUCUUACAGUUGUCCAUGUGUCUCUCCAACAUCAACUGCUGCCUGGAUGUUUUCUGCUACUACUUUGUCAUCAAAGAAUUCCGCACAGGCAUCAUGGCCCGCCAGCGUUCUGGAGGCCAGCUGGCCCUCUGGGAUACCAUCACCACCAGAGGCUAAGAGAAGAAAGUCCUGCUCGGAGGAAGGAAACUCCAAUCCUGAAUUCCAGGAGCAGAUAUCCCAUCCUAAGACUGUAUUGUGGUGGGAUGAUAUAUGGUGCUUUGACUGGUUUGCUUUCCUUUUAGAUGCUCAUUGAAUGCUGUGCCUGCUCAUUAUGCUCCAAAGACCUUCCCACCACACCCAGGCAGCUCAACAUAAAUCACCCAGUGUUUGGGGAUUCCUGAUGAACCUAAGAACCAGUUGAAUUCUUGAUUUCUAAGUCCAAAAAGCACGAGGCAGAAUAAUUGAGGAAGAAGAUGAGUCCAUGUGGACAAGGCUGGUUCUCAACUCUCCCCUACCUCUUGUUAGAUCUAAAAAUUCCGGAAAGGAAGAGAGAGUGGAGUUUGGAGAGAGAAUCAAGAAGGUCAGUCAUGAUGGCAGGUAUCCUGGGCCAAGAUGCAGUGAUAGGGAUGGAUCAAGCUCCUCUUUAGUUUGGGGAUCCCUGGGGGGCGGGGAGCAGACUUGUGCUUUCCAAUCCCUUCUGGGGCUCUGUUGGCCAACAGCCUUGCAGAGAUGACAGCAAGUGGGAUGAUCUGAGCAGAACAAGUACACACAAAUAGCCCCAAGUUUCUUAUGGGCUUUUGAAAGGCCUGGGAAGCCCACAAAAAGUUGCAGAAGAAUGAAGGGGAUGGUGUGGACCAGGCUAUGGUGAAGCUGCAGAUACUUUGUGGAAGCAGUGGGGUCAGAGUGGAUAGCUGUUGGUGAGACCUGAGAGCCAUGAGGAUACAGCUGUGGAAGGAAGGAGACAGGCCAAGGGCAGCUCUUCCCCCAUCGCCACAGGGGUGUCCACUGCCUGAAGUUUUAGCACCUGCCUGCGGGAGGAGAGGCAGUGGUAACGAGCCUGGGAAAAAGGAAAUGCCUGAAUAUGACUAGUUUGCUAUCUUGAACAGACUGGGAAGUUAUUCAUUAGACUUAGUUUCCCUAAGAAUGAUGAGACAGAAUCAGGCUUGA